AUGACUGAUGAGAAACAAGCUUUUCCAGAAGGUAGCAACCAUAUGACAUCAAACCCUUUCAAUGGUUCGGUAUCUCACAGAAUUUCCGAAUCUAUUAAAGAAAUCGCUGGCUCAAGGCCGCACGGUAAAUAUACGGUUCAAGACAUCGAUAACAUUAUAGCAUCCACAUCUUCACAUGAAAACAUAGACCAGUCAGGUAAUAGUAGCGGCUGUAUAGAUCAUGACGAGGAUGGCGAUAUACCGAUGUAUGAUCUGAAUGAUGAAAACGACGUUGAAAUGAUUUCUGAAUACCUUUCUAACCAGAGGAAGUUGGAAGCACAAUCGAUGGCGCAUUCGCAAAAAAUUGAUGACAGUAUAUCGCUAUUAAACCCACCUACUUUGAAAACUGUCUUCGUCGUUGACACCAACUUCAUCAUUUCGCACCUAAAUACUUUAGAAACGUUGAGAUCGCUAUCCAGCACUUACCACCAUUUGAUUGUUAUACCAACCACCGUAAUUCAAGAGCUAGACGGACUAAAAAGGAGCCCUGAUGUCGCUAGGGGCGAUAACGGUACGACUAAUAAGGAACAGGGUAGAACAAUAGGGACAUUGGCCAGAUGGGGGAACGAUUGGAUUUACAAGAAUCUGGCCAAUUUAGAUUCUGGUUUGAUAGGUCAAAAACUAAGGCAAAGAUUGAAUCCAAACUGUGUGAAAGACGACUCGAUAUUGGACUGUUGCUUGUAUUUCAAAGAGGUUUUGAAUUGUUUUGUUAUUUUGCUUUCAAAUGAUAAGAACCUUUGUACGAAGGCGUUAACUGAGGAUAUAUUAACUGUUUCAUUUAGGGAGAACAUGGAUGCAAAUCUAAUUGCAAUGAAGGCAUAUGAAGAAAACCAAUUGAGGUUUGCUAAUCCAUCUAACUCUGCAGUGAAUCAUGAUCUCAACCGUUCGUCAUAUACUUAUACGUCUAGUAUAGAAAAGUCCCCUUUGUCAUUAGGUCAGGUCCUACAAAAUGUCUUCGAACAAAUAAAGGAAACUGUUUUUUUUGCUAUUGAUCAUGUGUUAAGAAAAGAAUAUGGUGAAGACAUCGAAUUCAUAGAUUACAGCCCAGAGAACUUAAUCACACUAGAAAAAGCUUCAAAUUACGUUUAUUUGUUUUGGGUGUCUGUAUUUUCAGAACUUUUCCACCAUUCAAAGAUAAAGAGGAAUGACUGGAAGAAUUUACCGGCAGUUCUAACUUCCGAACCGAUGAACCUGAAUGACUUAAGAACAUUUGAACAGUUUUGGGAGAACGUAUUGCACUUCUUAUUUAGCAAAUUCUCUAAUGAUGAGAAACAAUCAUUAGAGAAGCAAAUCGACCAAUGGAAAACAUCUAUAAACGCUGCAUCUAUUUGA